UAUGGUACCGUCCCCGAAAGUUUCCUUCGCUCCAAGCUCAGGAUGGAAAGCCUUUCUCUUUUACUCAAACUUCCUCUCCCCAUGGCUGCUCAAUCUCUCCUCCUUUUAUUCCUCUGCGAGCUGGAGCCAGGGCGGCGGCGACGGUGCUGGUGUUGGAUGAAAUGGGGCGCGGGAAGAUCGAGAUAAAGCGGAUCGAGAAUUCCACCAACCGGCAGGUGACCUUCUCCAAGCGCCGCAAUGGGAUCAUUAAGAAGGCGAGAGAAAUCAGCAUCCUCUGCGAAUCGCAGGUCUCCGUCGCCAUAUUCUCCAGCUCCGGGAAGAUGUCCGAGUUCUGCAGUCCCUCCACCACGUUGCCGAAGAUUCUGGAGAGGUACCAGACGAACUCCGGCGAAAAGCUCUGGGAUGCCAAGCAUGAGAGUCUGAGUGUUGAAAUUGAGCGAGUUAAGAAAGAAAACGACAACAUGCAGAUUGAACUAAGGCAUCUUAAGGGUGAGGAUCUCAACUCCCUUUACCCAAAGGAAUUGAUUCCUAUUGAGGAGGCACUCCAGAUUGGGCUCACCAGCGUAAGGGAAAAGCAAAUGGAGAUCUGGAAGAUGCACAAGAAGAAUGAAAAAUUUCUAGAGGAGGAAAACAAGCAACUGACUUAUAUGCUGCACCAUCAUCAAUUGACAAUGGAUGGAAGCGUUCGCGAGCUAGAGCUUGGAUACAAAGAUAGGGAGUUUGCGCCACAAAUGACUAUGGCCUUCCGCGUUCAACCGAUCCAACCUAACUUGCACGAAAGCAAAUGAUGAUGAGAUCUCACCUUCAACGGUAUAUCGUAGAUGCUGAAUUUUCAAUAGAAGGAUUAUUAUCUAUAGGUACCUUCUGUAUUCCAACGUGGAGAGCUUGUUAUUGGUCUGAACCAUCCUAUGGAUAUUAUAUUGUGAAUCCAGUUAAGACUUGUAUAAUAA